AUGGGGAAAGAAAAACAUGGACCGCCUUCCCUCGUACUAUAAAUGGCAUCCCCGCCUUCUCCGAGCCCCUCCCGCUCUCUCCCUCUCCUGCUUCAUAGGAAAAAAUCUUUCCAUUGCCAAUAAUUUAGGAAUUUAGGAAUUGAGAAAAAAGGGCAAAGGGAUCUUUUUUUUGACAGAAAAAAGGGAAUUUUCCAUUGCCAUGAAAAUGCAGAGGAUUUGCAGAAGGCUGUUUCAUGGCCGAAGGGUCCUCAACUCGAAGCCUCUGGCCUCUCUCGAGCAAAACUUUUCGAGGAUUCCCGAAAUGCCCCCGUUCGAUUACAAACCCACACCUUACGAAGGCCCUUCAAUGGCCGAGAUUUUGCAGAAGAGGAAGGAGUUUUUGAACCCUUGCAUGUUCUAUUUUUACCGGAAGCCUUUGAAUAUUGUCGAAGGGAAGAUGCAGUACUUGUUUGAUGAGAAUGGAUGCCGUUAUCUUGAUGCUUUCGGGGGGAUUGCAACAGUUAAUUGUGGGCAUUGCCAUCCCGAAAUUGUUGAAGCUAUUGUGAAGCAAGCAAGGCUUUUGCAGCACUCUACCAUAGUCUAUCUUCAUCAUGCCAUUACUGAAUUUUCUGAGGCAUUAGCUUCUAAGUUACCUGGUGACCUCAAGGUUGUCUUCUUCACAAACUCAGGGACUGAAGCAAAUGAGUUAGCAAUGAUGAUUGCCCGGCUUUACACAGGUCAUCAUGAUAUCAUAUCGGUUAGGAAUUCUUACCAUGGCAAUGCAUCAGCUACAAUGGGUGCAACAGCUCAAUCCACUUGGAAAUUUGGUACCAUACAGAGUGGGAUUCAUCAUGCAAUGAAUCCAGAUCAAUACCGAGGAGUUUUUGGGUCUGAUGGAGAGAAGUAUGCAAAAGACGUCCAAGAUCUCAUUGACUUUGGAACUUGUGGACGUGUUGCUGGUUUUAUAUCAGAAGCCAUACAAGGUGUUGGUGGAAUGGUAGAAUCAGCACCAGGAUACUUGCCUUCUGUAUAUAGUAGCAUCAGGAAAGCAGGGGGUAUUUGUAUAGCUGAUGAGGUACAGGCAGGAUUUGCACGUACAGGGAGCCACUUUUGGUCAUUUGAAGACCAUGGUGUGGUUCCAGACAUUGUCACCAUGGCAAAGGGAAUUGGAAAUGGGAUUCCUUUGGGAGCGGUGGUCACCACUGCAGAGAUUGCUCAGGUAUUGAACCAACGUUGUUACUUCAAUACUUUCGGUGGGAACCCAAUGUGCACUGCUGGAGGGCUGGCUGUUUUGAGAGUGCUCGAGAAAGAGAAGCUCCAAGAGAAUGCUUUUGUGGUUGGCUCUUAUUUGAAGGACCGCUUGAAGGCUUUACAAGAGAAACAUGAAAUCAUCGGAGAUGUGAGAGGAAGGGGCCUCAUGCUUGGAGUAGACCUUGUCACGGAUAGACAGUUGAAGACCCCAGCCAAGUCUGAGACUCUGCAUCUCAUGGACAAAAUGAAGGACAUGGGAGUUCUUAUUGGGAAAGGUGGUUUCCAUGCAAAUGUGUUCAGAAUCACGCCUCCGUUGUGCUUCACAAAAGUAGAUUCAGAUUUUCUUGUGGAUGUGAUGGAUGUAGCUAUGUCAAAGCUUUGAACACCUUGAAAUGUGCAAUAAAAAAAACGCAAGAUCGUCCUGAAGAUGGCGAGACAUCAUCUCGUUGUCUCCCUCUCAGAGGCAAUCAAAAUAAGCAAAAGUCUGUGCACAUUCAUAAUUGUUAGUGUGAGAUUUUGGGGGUGGUGUGCUCUGUUCUCGGAUUUGAAUGGGUGUGAAGUAACUUAAUACCGCUUUUAGACAGUCAACUUAAUGUUUGUUUCCUUCAGGAAGUGAUUCAAAAACUGUGGAACUCGUAAGAAUUUUUUCGCAGCGUUCACUUUUGUGCUUUUA